CCCUCACAAUCACACUCCCUCACAAUCACACUCACACUCAUCAAUCUCUCAUCUCUCAAACCCUCAAAAAAAUCACUCACCAAUGGCAACCAUGGCAACGACCACCCUCACCUCCUCCCUUACCAAAUCCUACACCAAAUCCUCCUUCCUCGGCUCCUCCAUCAAACCCUCCACCAUCGCCGCCUCCGCCGCUUCCCGACCCAUCAAAUCCAUCUCCGCCGCCGCCUACAACCUGGACGCCUUCAAAUUCAACCCCAUCAAGGAGUCCGUCGUCUCCCGCGAGAUGACCCGCCGCUACAUGACCGACAUGAUCACCUUCGCCGACACCGACGUCGUCGUGGUCGGCGCGGGCUCCGCCGGCCUCUCCUGCGCCUACGAGCUCAGCAAGAACCCCUCCAUCAACGUCGCCAUCAUCGAGCAGUCCGUCAGCCCCGGCGGCGGCGCGUGGCUCGGCGGCCAGCUCUUCUCCGCCAUGGUGGUCCGCAAGCCCGCCCACCGCUUCCUCGACGAGCUCGACAUCGCCUACGACGAGCAGGACGACUACGUGGUGAUCAAGCACGCCGCCCUCUUCACCUCCACCAUCAUGAGCAAGCUCCUCGCCCGCCCCAACGUCAAGCUCUUCAACGCCGUCGCCGCCGAGGACCUCAUCGUCAAGUCCGGCCGCGUCGCCGGGGUCGUCACCAACUGGGCCCUCGUGUCGAUGAACCACGACACCCAGUCGUGUAUGGACCCCAACGUCAUGGAGGCCAAGGUCGUCGUGAGCUCGUGCGGCCACGACGGGCCCUUCGGCGCCACCGGGGUCAAGCGCCUCCGCAGCAUCGGGAUGAUCGACACCGUCCCCGGGAUGAAGGCCCUCGACAUGAACACGGCCGAGGACGCCAUCGUCCGACACACCCGCGAGGUCGUCCCGGGGAUGAUCGUCACUGGGAUGGAGGUCGCCGAGAUCGACGGCGCCCCCAGAAUGGGACCGACAUUUGGGGCGAUGAUGAUUUCGGGUCAGAAGGCGGCGCACUUGGCGUUGAGGGCGUUGGGGCUGCCCAAUGCUCUGGAUGGAGCGGCGGUGGCUCAGCCGGAGUUGGUGUUGGCGGCGGCGGAGUCGGAUGUGGUUGAUGCUUAGAUGAAUCUAUGGGAGUUUGCCUUAAGUUGGUGGUCCCGAAUAAAUAAUUAUGUGUUGAGUGAAAACAUUAUUGGUUGUGUUCUUGCGAAUUACUCCAUUAUCUAAUUACUACUUUUUUCUCAA